GUUCGGCAAAGUUUGGGAAAUAAAGUAAUCUUACUAUUUUCACUCAUUUAUUCAAGUUAUCGAUCAUUUUCGGCAGAAUCAUUUGGAGCUAUCUGAGAUGGCUUCUGGCCUCCUCGAAGUGGAGCAACUAGUUAUGGGGGUACCACACCAGGGGCUUGGGGGACAGGGCGAUAACCUUCAGUCUAAGUCCUUCCUGUCCCAUCUAUCACAACCAGAGCAAGAGAUUGACAUCAUAAUGUUGGACCAUUGUUAUGCAAGGCCCUGGAGUGCACAUCCUGAUGCCAGUAAUGCCAAACCUGUCAAGACUCUGUUUAUGGCCAAGUUUCCACGCAAUCAAACAGCUGAACGAAUGAUGGCUGAGCCAAACACGAAUAUAGAUGUCGUCAACAUGCCUGCUCAUCCCCCUGUACCAUACGAUCAACAAAAAGCUAGGAAUGUCAUGAAUGAGUGUGAGCGACAUGUCAACUUUGCACGAAUGGAAGAAGUCAGUGAUGAUUGGGAAGAUCAGAUAACAAAAACCGGAUGGACAAUUCAGCAGAACCGUCUCUUCAACAAAGUAAUGAAGAGUUUGCAUGCAGAUAAACUUGCAAGACUGGCAUAUGAAGGGAAUGAUAAUGAGCCAAUAAUGAGACGCAUCCAUGUUGAUAAAACAGCUAAGAGAGUUCGACAAGCUCUUGCUUCUGUAGGAUGGGACAGUAAACUGACCCAGUGGCUACACAGUGUCUUACUAGAGAAUCUGAACCUUUCAAUGCUGGCUGCUUACCUUGAUGUAUUACAGACUCUCAAGUCCAAGAUCCCCAGUCUUAUAGACAAGAUGAUAGCCCUCUCUACAGGUUCAAGGUCAACAUCUGUAUCAUCUGAAGCCCUCAACCUCCUGCUGAAGAGACCCUGGGACCCAGUUGCCAGUACCAUAUCAUCUCAUAAGUCAAAAAAAUUACCUGGUAAUCCAUUGCUUUUGAUCGCUCCAAAUGGGCCGACUCACUCAUCUAAUAUGAAUUCACGAAGGACUAAAUUCUGGACUAAUCAGCUUCAUAAUUUGGGAAAAGUAGUUCCAGUCACAAUGCACACCGUUAGUGGUGGCAGUAGUGUAGGGAUUGCACAAUGUUUGGAGCAUAUGAUUGGGGCAGUGAGAACCAAGGUCCUAGAGUUAAAGAGUCAUUUCCCGAAUAGACCCAUAGUGUUGAUUGGCUGGACUGCAGGAGCAUUAGUUGCAGCCCAUGCGUCCCAUGUUGAGAAUGUAUCAGCCACUGUAUGUCUGGGCUUCCCUAUGCAGGGCAUCAAUGGUGGGAGAGGGGACUGCGAAGACAAUAUGAUCGACAGUCACACUCCAACACUGUUUGUCAUAGGGCAGAAUUCUAACACAUGUAGCAUUGAUGAGAUUGAAGAUCUCCGUGAACGUAUGAAAUGUGACAACAGCUUGGUGGUUGUGGGAGGGGCUGACGACAAUUUCCGAGUUACUCGCAGCAAGAAAAAACAAGAGGGGAUAACACAGAGCAUGGUAGAUAGGUGUAUACUGGAUGAAAUCUCAGAGUUUCUGGGUGGAGUGUUGACUCAGAAUAUUCCUACAACGCUGGACAAUCUCCAUGCAGAUUUAGAAGGCAAGAAACCAAAGAAGAGGAAACAUUCAAGGGACACAUCAGACAUGCAUGUGGACUUUCCCUCCCCCCAAAAGUCAGUGUCAAGGUCAAGCACUCCUUCUACCCCAGUGGAGUUGAUGUCUCUUGCCUCUGCUGGCCAUGCCCUGAAGGCACCACGUAACCGUAAGCUGAAUUCUGAUGGCCAGAUGACAAGUGCACAGUCAGUGUUUGAGUCUUUCAUACAGAACAAGAUCCGACAGCAGCAACAGCACCAGACAAUAGCCAUGCAGCUACAAGCACAAAAAUUAUUAGGAAAAAAGACGCCUACAAAACGUAAGAAGCAAGAUGAUGGUAUGCGUGGCAGUGCAAAGAAGCGUACGAUACGAUCAAUGAGUAGCCCGGAUAAUGAGACAGUGCCACCUAUUACCAGCCCAGUGACUCAACUGAAACACAUCCCUGGAGCAUUUGAACUCACUGGAUUGCUGACUUCACAAGUGAACCAACCUCCAGUGACGUCAAGCCCCACAGGGUCCCACAAGGGUGGCAGCCCUCUUUCUACAACCCUAGGGGGUAUAGGCUCCCUACAGGGGAUCUCUCCCCCCACCAGUCAGGUAGGCAGGGCUGGGCAGGGACAGAGCAUCAUAUUCCAGCAUGGCACCACGACAACACCUGGUGUGAGACAGAUUGUCAUGGCACGCACUAUGUCACCUGUUAAACUAGAUUCCCUUGGGGCAGAUAAGCAGAGUUUGUCAUUAAGUCGAGGAGCAUCCCCUCACCCAUCCUCUCCAGUAUGUAGUCUUCCUUAUACACUAGGAACUCUAUCUGGGAUGCCUGGGAUGAGUAAGGCGAGUCUAAUGGCGAAGUCACCUGGCCAACAAGGGGGUCUGAUGGUUCAUGUAAGUGGGCCAGCAACCUCAACCAGUCAGAUUCAGCACCUACUGGCAAGCCUUACUAAGGGAAGCAUAUAUGCCACACCUGUGGCAUCCACCAAUAAGCCUGUGAUACAAGCACAGCUUACACCUACACCUGAAAAACAAGUCAUUGAAAAGGAUGAUGAAGAUGCAUUGAUUGAUGCUGAGGGUUUGGAUGAUGAUACCCCUGAAGUGCUUAAUGAGAUGGACAAAGAUCAACUAGAAGCUAUACGGAAGAAUCAAUUCCAUGACUUUCCUUUGACUGCUAGUUUUACCCCUGGAACUGCUGAUAUCACGCAAGCUAAGAUGUUGAACAGUUCCAGUGAGAAUUCAGCCCAAGCUAAAAUGAUGAGUCACCCCAUAGAGAUUUCCGGUCCCAGUAAGACCAGCCCAUUGCAAGUAUCUGUUACAAAAGGUAUUUUAGUAGCAGGAAGCGCUCCAUCAACGUUAGUGACAUACACAACUGUGACUAAACCCUCUACUGUUCCCUCCACUCACAGAACUGGAUCAACUAACAGCAGUGCUUCAUCUUCUCUGAUGUCCCGACAUAAAUUAGUCCCUGCAGAAACUCUUGGGAAAGUAUCGUCCCUCAUCGAGAGUCGACCAAUCAUGAGAGAGGCGUUACAAACCAUGGGGACUUCGUUGACACCACCUAUCAGACAAACUCCUGCAUUGCAAUCUGGAAACCCCACAUCUGCGCGUCAGUCUACUACACAGUCCAAUAUUACUCCUGCAUUGCAAACUGGGAACCCCACAUCUGUGCGUCAGUCUACUAUGCAGUCCAGUAUUACUACUGACAUUGCAUCCUUAGUGUCUUCAAAAAGUUCUUUAGUGAAAACAUCUACAACUGUGGCUGCAUCAUAUGCUGCUACAAUAAGUCAGAGGAAUGCAACUACCCCAACAAAGGUGACACUAGGUGGCUCUACAGCAACAUCCCCGACAAAGCUCCAACCUCAGAAAGCUUCUACUUUACCACAAAUUGUUUCCAUAAAUGCUGCUACUCCAACUACAGUAACAACUGUUAAAAUAAUCCCAAAAAAUGAUAACACUCCCACGAAGCAUGUUCCCGAGGCUAAAAGUCCCACUAUUAAAUCUCCCGCCCCAAUUGUUCUGGACUCUAUUCCGACAACCCCUGUGAAACACUUGGAGCCGAGAAUGAUAUCGCAAAAGAAAAUUGAAGAAAUAUUAGUGAAACACAUGGAUGCCAGUACAGAGUCUUCAGAGCAAGAAGGUGCUGGGAUUAAUACAUCUCAGUGUGCUCCAGUUGUUUUGCAGAGUGAAUCUGACAAUAUUGUAACAUCACAAACUGUAACUGUAACAUCUCAAAGUUUAACUAGUUCUUCUGAAAGUGUAAUUAGUGUGUCUGCACUUGUAAAUCAAAGUAGUUCUGGUGAAUCUCAAAAUGUUACUAGUGCAGCUUCAAGUGUAACAAGUGCAUCCCAAAGUGUAACAAGUGCAUCUCAAAGUGUAACAAGUGCAUCUCAAAGUGUAACAAGCACAUCAGAAAGUGUAAAAAAUGCAUCCCAAAGUGUAACAAGUGCAUCUCAAAGUGCAACAAGUGCAUCUCAAAGUGAAUCUGAGUCUAAAAAUGUUACUGCCUCUUGCACUAAAACCAGCACAAGCUCCUCACCGUCAGAGGAGGCAGUCCAGAGUGUUUCGAAGAAACCCAAGACUGGAGGAAGUGUAGCUAAAGGCCGGCCUAAAAGAAAGAGUACAUCGGAAGCCAAGGAGGUUGAGAGAACUGUCGCAUCAACAAGAACAAGGAGGGUACGCACUCCAAGACAGUUUGACUCUUAUUCAUAG